AUGGCGGGGGUAGAGGUCGCGCGGGCGGGAGGAUAUGAGCAGGGGGAGAUGAUGGACUGGGAGGACGGGAACAGACGUUGUCUCGUCAGGUUUCGCCAUGGCGAGGAGACAUGCUGGAUCAAUGACAGUUUGAUCCGUCUGAUACCCGAAGAGCAUGAUCGCGCUGGGUUCAGUCCGUCUCCCGGGGAUGUUGUCGAGGCAGCGUUGCCCGACGAGAAUGGGAACUUGAGGUACUGGUGGGAAGGAGUAGUGAACGAGGCAAAAGGAAAUUUCUUUGUCGUCGAGUUUCCCCAUGAGCGACACUCGAAGAAGAAGGAAGUGGUAGAAUUGGAUCAUCUCAGGCCAACUUACGGACACCCUACGUUGUGCAUCGAAAAGAAGAUGAUCGAAUUUCCUCCGAACAUGCAAGCCUCCAAUGAAAGAGUUGAGAAGUUCCUUGAUUCCAAACUCAAGAACGUCAUCGGCAUUAGAGGACUGAUGACGUCGAAGCUGGAUGUUGAGAACAGACAUUUAUGCUUGAUAGGAACGCUUCCUGCAGUGGAGGUUGCCUCAAAUCUCGUGGAUAUAAUCUUCACACAAUCUUUCGAGGCCAUACACAUGAAUCUCGUGAACAAUGCGCAGAAGAAUACAGAAUUUAUCAACGUGGAGAAGAAAUAUGCAUGCGUGAGCUUCCAAGUUGAUCCCAGGUACCUGGGGCUCGUGAUCGGACCCCAAGGAAGAAACUUGAAACCAGCCAAGGAGAUUCAAGGCAUUCAGAGCAUCGAUGUGUAUGCCAACGGACUUGUCAACAUCUACGGGGACAAUCAGAAUGUGGUGGAAGAAGCUCGGAAGGAGCUGGAGCUGGUGACAGAGAACAUUCCAAUCCAUCGGAAUCAAGUUGGGCUGAUCAUAGGGAAGGGAGGAUCCCAGAUCAUUGAGCUGCAAAAGUUUUCGUCCUCUCGAAUGGUCGUCAAGCAGGUGGAGGAUACUGAAGAAGCAUAUUACAUCCAAAUGUUUGGAACUCGGCAUUCAAUAGAGACGGGGCAGGCGCUUGUCAAAUAUUUGAUCUCAACUUUCCAAGAGAAAGAGGAGAAGCAGGCUUUGAUAUCGAAUCUUUCCGACGAGCUGAGAACCAUGUCCCAUCGCAAGCUCAGACCUGGACGGAGGAGGCAGGAGGGCGUCAAUGAUGUCGCAAGUUCCCAACAGAACCUUACGCCUUCAACUCAACAACAGCAACAGCAACAGCAACAGCAACAGCAACAGCACCAGCAACAGCACCAGCACCAGCACCAGCACCAGCACCAGCACCAGCACCAGCAGCAGAACUCAACAGAAAUCUUUCAAGAUGUGCAGGACCCAGCCGAGCUCAGGAAAAUGGAGUCAACAGUUAUUGCCAGCCACAAACCAGCGGCAGCAGAACCUGUUCCUUCCCAGCGAAGAAGAAGGAGAGAUACGUCAGCUACGGAAGACAGCACUUCUUCGAACUCCUCUCCCUUCCUCUCCGACCAUGCUCGGCUCGAAACGUGGGGCGCUAGUACACAUCAACCGCUCGCCUCUUCCAAUUUCUCGACCCCCAGCACCAACGACUCGGACAAAAAGUCGAUGGAGGGAGCGACGUCGAGGCUGGUGAGCUCGGGGAGGGACGAGCUCCUGCUAGGGCUCCAGCUCUUCCAGGAGGGUCAACGGAAGGCUGCAAUGCAGGGACAGCAGGAGGGGCAGGAGCGUCGAGGUCCUUACCAUGUCGGGGAGGAGAAGGAGAGAGCAGCAGAUGUGCGGGACUGGAGGUUCAGAGGGCGAGGACGACCUUCUCGUAAGCCUCGCAAGUAG